UUGGGGUUUUUUCUUAAGGGAAAAAAAGUAGAUUUCCCUCGUACACACCCACGCGAAUAUGGGUGCCUGCUGCUCUACGGAAUGCACAUACAAAGGUAGACGGCAUGGUAAACACGAGUCGGAGGAAAGAGACGAAGGGGAUGGACAUCACGAUGAUAAUAAUAUCACCACCACCAUCGGACAUAAUGGCGCCAUUAUCAGGUUGCAGGGCUCCUCUUCCCACACCUCUAUGUACACCCGCAAGGGCAAGAAGGGUAUCAAUCAGGACGCCAUGACCGUUUGGGAGAACUUCACGGGUGAGAAGAGCGUGUUCUUCUGCGGUGUAUUUGACGGCCACGGUCCCUCGGGUCACAAGGUUGCACGCCACGUAUGCGAGGCCUUGCCCUUGAAGCUUUCCACGGUGCAUCGGCCUCAGCCUCAGCCUCGGCACGGUGCUAAAAAGGAAAGCGACAAUGACAACGACGACUGUUACAAACAAUGGGAGGCAGAUUUCAUGAGAUCUUUCCAAGAACUGGACCAAGAUCUUAGCAUGGACGAUUCCCUUGAUAGUUACUGCAGUGGUACAACGGCUGUAACCCUUGUUAAGCAGGACCAUCACUUGAUCAUUGCGAACUUGGGGGAUUCUCGAGCGAUUCUCGGCACUAGGGACAACAGCAACCAACUCUUUCCGGUCCAACUCACAGUUGACUUGAAACCGAGCAUACCAAGCGAAGCCGAGAGAAUCCAAAACUACGGUGGCAGAGUGUUUGCUAUGGAAGAAGAACCAAAUGUACCUCGAGUAUGGAUGCAAGACCAAGAUUGCCCUGGUCUAGCCAUGUCCAGGGCUUUAGGGGAUUUCUGCCUCAAGGAUCAUGGACUUAUCUCAACCCCUCAGGUUUUUCAUAGAAGGCUAACACCCAAAGAUGAAUUUGUAGUGAUGGCAACUGAUGGGGUGUGGGAUGUGCUUUCAAACAAUGAGGUGGUACAAAUAGUUGCCUCAGUAAAGAGACAGUCCAUAGCAGCAAAGGUAUUGGUUUAUUACGCGGUUCAAGCAUGGAGAACAAAGUAUCCGGGCUCCAAAGUCGACGACUGUGCCGUGGUUUGCUUGUUCUUCAAGAAACGAUCUCAUUCGACAUCAGCAACUUUGUCCGACAUCAGCGUACAGACUGCAAGCCAGAUAGACAUUCCGGAACCUGACCCUAAAGGCAAGAAAACCGAGGAAGGCGAGACCGUGAUUAAUUCCGACAUAGUCGUGGAUCAGAAGAUGCUUGAAGAAGUAAAUAGAGCAAAUGCUUAUAAGCGGUCUCGGCUUGGCAGUUCGAGUAGGCACAAAACGUCCGGGGAUUUUGGUGGAGGAACCCAAAGCUAGUGUGUGUAAUAUAGUAAAAUCUCAA